UUCAACGCUUCAACGCUUCAACGCUUCAACAUAUGCUCAUUGCCCUCACGAUUAUAUAGGGACCACGCAUUCAGGGAGCAAUCAAUUGCCCUCUAUCCUAUGAAACCCAAACAUACCGAAAAGCACCCGCCAAACUUAAAGCCCGCAACUAAUCGCCCACAGUGCGGGGUUUAAAAAAAAAAAAUCGUUGAUUGAAUCGGCCCUGUCAAUUUCGAUUCGAAUUAGAUUGGAAUCUGCUGCAAGCGAGUCACAAGAACCCUACAUUCGACAUUUGAUCUGAAAACCCACCGAUCGUGUAGAAAUCGGAUUGUUGAAGGAUAAUUCCGAGAUGAAUCGGUCAAUUUCCCAUCCGAUUAACCAAUUUGUUAAAACCCUGCCAUGGUGCGAAGAGAUUUCUCGAGAAAGACGAAUCGACGGGAAAAGUUAGUAGCUGGGAAGAACGAGGUGGAGCUCUGGAGCUGGAAGAGCAAGCAGCACAGGGCACAGAGGGAGGGAAAGGGUCGAGGCACCGAGAAAGAUGGUCUCGAGUACGACGCCGAUAGUGAAUACAUACCCUCUCUCGAGCUACACCUUCGGAACGAAGGAGCCGAAGAUGGAGAAAGAUACUUCAGUCGCUGAUCGUCUUGCUCGAAUGAAAGUCAACUACAUGAAAGAAGGCAUGCGGACGAGUGUCGAAGCAAUUGUACUGGUACAGGAGCAUAACCAUCCUCAUAUACUACUGCUGCAAAUUGGAAAUACUUUUUGCAAGCUACCUGGUGGGCGUCUAAAGCCUGGAGAGAAUGAAAUUGAGGGCUUGAAAAGGAAACUCUCUAGCAAACUUGCUGCCAAUUCUACAGCCCUUCAGCCAGAUUGGCAGAUCGGGGAGUGUGUUGCUGUCUGGUGGAGGCCUAACUUUGAAACCAUAAUGUUCCCUUACUGCCCUCCCCAUAUCACAAAACCGAAGGAAUGUAAGAAGCUUUUCCUUGUUCACUUGUCCGAGAGGGAAUACUUUGCAGUUCCAAAAAACUUGAAACUGCUAGCUGUCCCACUGUUUGAGCUGUAUGAUAAUGUUCAGAGAUAUGGACCGGUUAUCUCCACCAUCCCGCAGCAGCUGUCCAGAUUCCAGUUCAACAUGAUCAGUGCAUGAAGAAGCAGAGUAGAACUUAUAUAGGUUUUGAGUGAGGACAGUUUUGCAGAUGGAUAUAAAAUUGAAACUGAUCGAAGUUGACCUAUUUUAUGCACACGUGGUGUAUACUUGAUCCUUGUAAGGACGUAUAUUCGUCUUUCACUGAUAAACUGGUUCAUCUUGUUUGAGUUGGUGAAUCAGUAUGGUAUUUAGGUCCUGAAUGUCUUUGGAGUUCGAACUCCAUGCAGUUAUUGAAAGGCUAUUUGUUGUAGGAUAGUUUUGUACCUGACACUACUACCCUUGGGGAAAUUGUAAACAGGUGGGAUAUUUUUGUGGUUGACAGUACCCUUGGGAAAUUGUAAGCAGCCCAAUUGGUUCCCUCAAAACCCCAACCCACCUUUUCUGGGGGAGAAAAGAAGAAAAAAAAAUUGCUGACAUAUUUGGUUUUGGAUUAUUGUUCUUUAAGCUUCUCAGUUUCACUAUUCAGUUGUCAUCUUAUUGAUUAUGGAGGCUUCUCUCA